AUGACUGACAAGAAGAAGCCGGGUGAGGUCGACCUCGUCACCAGGAUGCAGGUGGACGAGUCGGUCGUGGGGUCAAACGACAUCGACGAAUCGCUCUACAGCCGGCAGCUCUAUGUGCUUGGCCACGAGGCCAUGAAGCGCAUGAGUGCUUCGAAUGUGCUCAUCGUUGGUCUUAAGGGCCUCGGUGUCGAGAUCGCCAAGAACAUCGCCCUUGCGGGUGUCAAAAGCCUCACCCUCCAUGACCCGGCGCCGGUUGCCAUUGCGGAUCUCUCCUCUCAGUUCUUCCUCCGCGCCGAGGAUGUCGGCAAACCCCGCGAUCAGACCACCGCUCCCCGAGUUGCUGAGCUCAACGCGUACACGCCCGUGCGCGUCCACGAGUCUGCGAGCCUCGGCGAGAACCUCUCACAGUUCGACCAAUAUCAAGUCGUCGUCCUCACAAACACACCUCAACACAUCCAACAGACUGUCGGCGACUACUGUCACGAGAAGGGCAUCUACUUCAUUGUAGCCGACACCUUUGGUCUCUUCGGCUCGGUGUUCUGCGACUUUGGCAAGAACUUCACCAUUAUCGACGCGACCGGCGAGAACCCACUGAACGGCAUUGUCGCUGGCAUCGACGAGACGGGUCUCGUCUCCGCCCUAGACGAGACUCGCCACGGGCUCGAGGAUGGAGACUACGUGACAUUUUCUGAGGUGGAAGGCAUGGAAGGCUUGAAUGGCUGCGAACCGCGGAAGGUUACAGUCAGGGGGCCCUACACAUUCUCCAUCGGCGACGUAUCCGGCCUCGGCCACUACAAGCGGGGUGGGUUGUACCAGCAAGUCAAGAUGCCCAAGUUUAUCGACUUCAAGGGAAUCAGCGCCGCCUUGAAGGAUCCCGAAUUCGUCAUCUCCGAUUUUGCCAAAUUCGACCGGCCUCAACAACUCCACAUUGGUAUCCAGAUGCUGCACGCUUUUGCACGGACCCACGGCCGUCUCCCCCGACCAAUGAACGAGGAAGAUGCGCUCGAAAUCGUCAAUUCCGCCAAAGAGUUUGCCCAGACCGAAGGCAUCGAGGUGGAGUUUGACGAGAAGCUGCUGAAGGAGCUUAGCUACCAGGCAACGGGUGAUCUCAGCCCGAUGGCCGCAUUCUUUGGCGGCCUCACUGCGCAGGAGGCGCUAAAGGCUGUGUCGGGGAAGUUCCACCCGGUGAAGCAGUUCAUGUAUGUCGACUCUUUGGAGUCUCUGCCCACAGGGGUCACCCGUUCCGAGGAGUCGUGCAAGCCGACCGGCUCCCGCUACGAUGGUCAGAUCGCAGUGUUUGGGCGUGAGUUCCAGGAGAAGAUUGCAAACAUUAAGCAGUUCCUGGUUGGCGCCGGAGCGAUCGGCUGUGAGAUGCUCAAAAACUGGGCGAUGAUCGGCCUCGGGACUGGGCCCAACGGCCAAAUCACGGUGACCGAUAUGGACUCAAUCGAGAAGAGCAACCUGAACCGGCAAUUCCUGUUCCGAACUAAAGACGUGGGCAAGAUGAAGAGCGAGUGCGCUGCGAAGGCGGCACAGGCGAUGAACCCUGACCUGGAGGGCCGCAUUGUCACUCUGAAGGAGCGUGUCGGUCCCGAUACGGAGGGUAUUUUCAACGAGGAGUUUUGGCAUAGCCUGGAUGGCGUGACCAACGCUCUGGAUAACGUGGAGGCGAGAACAUAUAUCGACAGGCGAUGCGUGUUCUUCCACAAGCCCCUGCUAGAAAGCGGUACUCUAGGGACCAAGGGCAACACUCAAGUCGUCCUCCCACUGCUGACUGAGUCGUACUCGUCGUCCCAGGACCCGCCGGAGCAGUCAUUCCCCAUGUGCACACUUCGCAGCUUCCCCAACAGGAUCGAGCACACCAUCGCUUGGUCGCGAGAGCUGUUUGAUAGCUCAUUCGUGGUGCCGGCUGAGACGGCGAACCUCUACCUCACCCAACCCAACUACCUGGAGACGACGGCAGCACUUGGCGGCAACCAGAAGGGCACUUUGCAAAUGCUGUUGGACUUUUUGAAAAACGAGCGCGCUCUCACGUUCGAGGACUGCGUUCAGUGGGCCCGCAUGCUGUUUGAGAAGCAGUACAACAAUGCGAUCCAACAACUCCUAUACAACUUCCCCAAGGACUCGGUCUCGUCGACCGGGACCCCGUUCUGGUCGGGCCCCAAGCGUGCGCCAGACCCGCUCAAGUUUGACCCUGAGAACAAGACGCACUUCUCAUUUGUUGAAGCGGCGACCAACCUGCACGCUUUCAACUACAACAUCAACGUCAAGGGAAAGACCAGGCAGGACUACCUCCAAGCUUUGGAUGCGAUGAUUGUUCCGGACUUCUCGCCAGACUCCAACGCCGUGGCUAACAUAAACCAGGACCCGAACGCUGGUGCUUUUGACGACGAGGCUGAGCUGCAAAAGCUCGUGGAUGCGUUGCCGGAGCCGAAGACGCUCGCCGGUUUCCAACUGACGCCGGUGGAGUUUGAGAAGGACGACGACACGAACUAUCACAUUGACUUCAUCACAGCCGCCAGCAACCUGCGGGCCGAGAAUUACAAGAUUGAGCAGGCGGAUCGCCACAAGACCAAGUUCAUCGCGGGCAAGAUCAUCCCGGCGAUUGCGACGACCACAGCGCUGGUCACGGGCUUGGUGGUUCUGGAGCUGUACAAGAUCAUUGACGGCAAGACGGACAUUGAGCAGUACAAGAACGGUUUCAUCAACCUGGCGCUGCCGUUCUUUGGCUUCAGCGAGCCGAUUGCCAGCCCUAAAGUGGAGUAUAAGGGCCCCAACGGCAAGGUGACGCUGGACAAGAUCUGGGACCGGUUCGAGGUUGACAACAUCACGCUCCAGGAGCUGCUCGAUGAUUUUGAGAAGCGCGGCCUCACGGUCGCCAUGUUGAGCUCUGGUGUCAGCCUGCUGUUUGCUGCCUUCUUUCCACCGGCCAAGCAGAAGGACAAGUUUGGCAUGAAGUUGAGCGAGUUGGUUGAGUCGGUUACGAAGAAGCCGAUCCCCGCGCAUCAGAAGGAGCUCAUCUUUGAGGUGGUCACAGAGGAUGUCGACGGCGAGGAUGUCGAGGUGCCGUACAUCAAGGCCAGGAUUCGGUAG